AUGAUAAGAGAAGCUGAAGAGAGUCUUCACAAGAGGUCUAGGAUGAGGAAAAGAAGAAGAAGGAAUAGGAAAAGGAGGAGAAGAAAAAGGAAAGAAGAGGAGGAGAAAAAAGAGGAAAAGGAGGAGAAGAAAAAGGAAAGAGGAGAAGAAGAAAAGGAGGAAAAGGAGAAAAACAGUAAGAAAGAGAAGGAAGAGAAGAAGAAAGAGCCGGAAGAGGAAAAGGAGGAGAAGAAGAAGAAGCACGAAGAGAAGAAGAAAAAAGAACGAGGACUCUGA